AGUAAGAUGUCCGAGUGACAGCAGGCUGUCAGAACAGCGAGCAAGGACGUGCUGUGUGUUUGACACGUGAGUCUCCUAUCGGAGGACGUUACCCUAGUACUGUGAAGCCCUUCAGGAGGUUUCUGCAAAGACAGUGUUGUGCCAAGUGCGCCAUGGCCCUUGAAUUCGAGCGUCAGCAACAAGUCGCCUCAGCCGCACCAGGUCCCAUGGCAUCUCCAGCGAUGGUCAUGGCGGCUCCUAUCAGCCCGGCGUUGCCGCCUACGCCGCCCUCACACGACGCCCGCAGCCCACCUCCGCCCUCGCCGCGGUCCCCACACGAGUCCAAGCUGCCCCUGUCGCCUCCUCCUACGGCGCCCAGCCCGCGGUCGCUGCCCUUCAGCAUCGAGAACAUUCUGCGGCCCGACUUCGGCGUGACGCGCCUGCCCGCCGAGCGCCCGAGCGGCAUCCGCACCCCCGAGCUGCUCCUCCGCACGCCUCCCAAGACGCCCGAGUCGGUGCGCCACGACUUCCCCGUCGACCUGAGCCAGAAGGGCCUGAGCCAGAGCGAGCACGCCAAGCUGUGCCAGGCCAACGCCGCCAACAAGUACCCCGACAACCCCGAGGCGCUGGCCAACCCCAAGGUGCCCGCCGACGACAACAAGUGGCCCGCCUGGGUCUACUGCACCAGAUACUCCGACAGACCUUCUUCAGGUCCCCGCUCCCGCAGGAUCAAGCGCCGCGACCGCAACCCCGAGGAGAAGCGCCCCCGCACCGCCUUCACCUCCGAGCAGCUCGCCCGCCUCAAGAAGGAGUUCGAGGAGAACAAGUACCUGACGGAGAAGAGGCGCCAGGACCUGGCCCGCGACCUCGGCCUCAACGAGUCUCAGAUCAAGAUCUGGUUCCAGAACAAGCGCGCCAAGAUCAAGAAGGCGAGCGGCAACAAGUCCUCCGGCCUGGCCGCGCACCUCAUGGCGCAGGGCCUCUACAACCACUCCACCGUGCCCGUCGACGAGGACGACCCCUACCUCUGCUAGGCCGCACCGGAGCCGCGAUCUUGGCUCGACCAGAUAACUUGUGACAGCUAGCUAGCUCUCGCGCGACACCAGUUCGUGUUCCGCCCGCCCGCGCGCGCGCACUCCCAGUUCAACUGUUGUCAAUGCAGCAGCAACGAGCACACGGCCCGAGGAGCGACGUCGCCCUGUCGUCUUUGGGGACCUGAGCCUCAGCUUCGUCGUGGCGCGUCACGCGGCUGAGCCCACGACGAAACGCCGCCCGCCGCCCACGCUCCCCCCGCCCUUGUCCUGGCCUUCCGCUGUCAGCCCAUGAACGGCGGACAAAGCCGGAGUCCCCGGAGCUGUGAGGCGCCGAAGACAACUCUGCUCCUGGCGACACCACGUCAGACUGUCAGCGUCUCAGUCUCGCCCUCCGAGCGCCCCCCCCUUCCCUUGACCCUCGCCGCCCAGUUUCUCCUCAGCCGCAACACCAGUGACCGCCCACGCUUUCCCUGCCGCCGUUAUUGCCGUCAGCGUCGUGUAAAACACCUAUGGGCGAGACGUCGGCCAUGAACAGACAGGGUCUUGCCACGCAACGACCAAAUCUGUCUCUCCCUUCCCCUCAUCCCUUCACAUCCCCGGAGGAAACCGCGGCUUACCCCUUCCCUUAUUUAACCCUUUAACCCUAAAGCUCAAAGGGGAACAGCGCCAUACAUCGUGAAUCCCCUCCCCUCGCUCCAGAUGGUGUCUGAACCCCCCCUUUCCCUCGCUCCAAAUAACACCUAUACCCCUUCCUCUCCCUAAACAACAUCCAAACCCCCUCUCCUUGUCCAGGAAGGUAUCCAACCCCUCUCCCCUUCGCCAAAGGGUAUCUGAACCCCUUCCCCUCCCCCCCACCCAGACACAGGUGCGCCAAGUCACUCCUGUGGACGUUCGGACGAUUUUCUCAGGCCUCCAGUGUGUCGCCAACCUGCAGAACAUUCUCUUCCCCCGAGAAGAAUUCCUCGGGAGACAAUCCACAAUACCUUGUAAGGAUGCAGCAAGGAUCUCACACUGAUUUCGAUUUUUAUUUUUCUCUUCAGAUAUAUAUACAAAUACUUAUAUAUUCUUUACCCCGCCAGUCUCAGCAUUGGAAAACUCGUUAGUUUUUAAAGUAUAUGAUAUUCUUUUGCUGGAAAGUACAAAUUAGCUUUUAAUUUAACACAAAGUUGCAUUGCCUCAGAAACCAUGUUUUUUUUUUGUUAUCUUAUUUUGUAAAAGCAUUAAGGAUGCUAACUUUAUGCCAAGUCAUAUGUAAAUAUUGUAUAUUCCAGAUGUCUAUAUCCUGUAAAUACAUGUUUAAAUUAUUUAUAUGUCUGUGUUGUCGAAUAAAACUUUU